CUAUUUUCUACAAGGUGUUCAUGAACGCAUCACCAGGAUCCUGAAAUUUACGGAGAUUAACAGCAGCCGACUGUUGUUGUUUUUUAAACAUUGGCGGAUUAAACCAACACACAUGGAGUUAUUCGUAUUAUCCACAUUUUGACGGAUGGCGUCUUUUUUGGGAGCGAGACUGUCCGUCUGCUGACAUGCCCGAAAGGAGUUGGUGGCUCCGACUGCUGCCGCUCUGCGAGGUUGCUGCUUGGCCGAAAGACAGCCGCUGAGAGCCGCCUCAACUUUUCCCGAACGCCUCGCGAGCAAAGGAAGGACGCCCGCUUCAUCGACUCUUCCUUUUACAGCGUUAUUCGACGAUAAAAGUGUCGAAUGGACAUUUGAAAAAGUAAUAAUGCACGACCGAGUCCUCCACGCGAACGGCCAUGGCGCAGCCACAAGGGCAGUCUGAAUAAAGCGAGCGCUCGUUGACUUGGCUCCAGCGAAUAGCCCGCACCGGAUUCUCCCUCAACGCCAGAGCCACAAUGGACAUCUUUCCCAGGCCCAGCGGCGAAAUACAGCGGAGGAACCCUCAGCACGACUUUGAGCUCAUCCAGAGGGUUGGCAGCGGCACCUACGGGGACGUCUACAAGGCUCGCAACAUCCAAACCGGAGAGCUGACCGCGGUCAAGAUCAUCAAGCUGGAAGCAGGGGACGACUUUUCCAUCAUCCAACAGGAAAUCUUCAUGGUGAAGGAAUGCAUGCACCACAACAUCGUGGCCUACUUUGGGAGCUACCUCUGUCGAGAGAAGCUGUGGAUAUGCAUGGAGUACUGCGGUGGGGGAUCCCUGCAGGAUAUUUAUCAUGUGACGGGUCCUCUGUCAGAGAUGCAAAUUGCGUACGUCUGCAGGGAAACUUUACAGGGUUUGGGAUACCUGCACACAAAGGGCAAAAUGCACCGUGAUAUUAAGGGCGCCAACAUACUUUUGACAAACGACGGAGACAUCAAGUUGGCCGACUUUGGCGUAGCAGCAAAAAUAACAGCCACCAUCGCCAAAAGAAAGUCCUUCAUCGGGACGCCUUACUGGAUGGCUCCGGAGGUGGCAGCGGUGGAGAAGAACGGUGGCUACAACCAGCUUUGCGACAUCUGGGCGGUGGGCAUCACGUCCAUUGAGCUGGCCGAGUUGCAGCCCCCCAUGUUUGACCUCCACCCCAUGAGGGCCUUGUUUCUGAUGUCAAAGAGCAGCUUCCAGCCGCCCAAGCUAAAAGACAAAAACAAAUGGUCUGCUGCAUUCCACAACUUUGUCAAAGUGUCCCUGACCAAAAACCCCAAGAAGAGACCCACAGCAGAAAAACUCCUUUCACACGUGUACGUGGCGCAGACGGGCUUGACGAGGCGGCUUGCCGUCGACCUCCUGGACAAGAUGAACAACCCCGACAACCAUCAGCAUUACAGCGAGGCGGACGACGACGACCUCGAGCCCCUCUCCGUGGUCCGACACACCAUCCGCUCCACCAACAAGCAUAACCGGGCCGAGAGGACGCGCUCUGAGAUGGCCUUCGACAAGUUGCAGUUUGAACCCCCGCUGCGGAAGGAAACUGAGGCCCAUUCGGAAAUGGAUGUGAGUAAAGAUAAUGACUUCCCGUCCCCCUGGAGCCCCUUUGCAGAGGGAGGAAUAACAGCCAGGAGUCUCCUCAAAAGCGUUGAGGACGAGUUGUUCCAACGGGGACACGUCGCUCACCUGCAGGACGCCGUUGAAGAAGUGGAACUAGCCACACUCAAGCCAGGAUAUCCUCCUCCUCGGCCCCCGAAGCCCCCCUUGGUCUGCCCCUACGAGGAGCCGGGCCUCAACGACGAGCGCUCUCUCACGGUGCGGCGCUUCCCGAACGCGGAGAACGGCCCAGGUCAGGCCGCGCGACGCCGGAGCACGCCGGAACACGGCAACAAGGCCGCGAGACCCUCGCCGGACUACCUCUCGAUCAGCGUCAGCAGCCCCGGGCUCUUGUCUCAUGCCUCAGACCAAGACGACGACUCGGAGGAAAGUGUCAAUGGCGACAGUCCCAGGCCGGCACCCCACCGGGUGCAUCGGAAGCUAAAGAAGGAUUUUCCCAAACCUGCCAUCAACGGCCUGCCACCCACACCCAAAGUGCUGAUGGGGGCUUGUUUCUCCAAAGUGUUCGACGGGUGUCCUCUGAAGAUCAACUGCGCUACAUCUUGGAUCCAUCCGGACACCAAAGAUCAGUACCUGAUCUUUGGGACAGAAGACGGCAUCUACACGCUCAACCUGAAUGAGCUGCAUGAGGCCACAAUGGAGCAGCUGUUCCCCAGGAAGUGCACGUGGCUGUACGUUAUCAACAACAACCUGAUGUCUUUAUCGGGGAAAAACUUCCAGCUGUACUCCCACAAUCUCAUCGGGCUCUUUGAGCAGCUGAAGAAACCGGGCCUGGCUGCCCAGUUCCAGACGCACCGUUUCCCGGACAAGAUUCUGCCCAGGAGGUUCGCCUUGACGACCAAGAUCCCGGACACAAAGGGCUGUCACAAGUGCUGCAUCGUGAGGAACCCGUACACGGGCCACAAGUAUCUCUGUGGAGCGCUGCAGUCUGGCAUCGUCCUCCUGCAGUGGUAUGAGCCCAUGCAGAGGUUUAUGCUCAUCAAGCACUUUGACUUCCCACUUCCCAGCCCGCUGAAGGUGUUCGAGAUGCUGGUGGUGCCCGAGCAGGAGUACCCGCUGCUGUGCGUGGCCAUCAGCCAGGGGGCCGAGCCUGGCCAGGUGGUCCGCUUUGAGACCAUCAACCUCAACUCCUGCUCUUCCUGGUUCACUGAAAUGGGAACCAGUAACCAGCAGGUGGACGCCAUCCAUGUCACGCAGCUGGAGCGAGACACAGUGUUGGUGUGUUUGGACCAAAACUUGAAGAUCGUUAACCUUCAGGGCAAAUUGAAGUCCAACAAGAAGCUGGCGUCCGAGCUCAGUUUUGACUUCAGCAUCGGAUCAGUUGUGUGCCUGCAAGACAGCGUUCUGGCCUUCUGGAAGCACGGCAUGCAGGGCAAGAGCUUCAAAUCGAACGAGGUGACGCAGGAGAUCUGUGACCCGAGCAGAGUUUUCCGGCUCCUUGGAUCCGACAGGGUGGUGGUUCUGGAGAGCCGGCCCACGGACAACCCGACGGCGCUGAGCAACCUCUACAUCCUGGCGGGUCACGAGAACAGUUACUGAUCCACCAGGUGGAACCAGAGUAGCAUUUUGUUUUGGGUUCUUUUGACACAGGAAGAACUUUCUGUCGCCGCACGGUCUGUUUUCGUUGUCAAGCCGCUCCGCUCUUCGGACUCGCAAGGAGCCGGUGAGGAACGUCCAAACACAACAGAAGUUCACAAACGAGAACUUAUAUAUAAAUAUAAAUAUAUUUCCUGUACAUUUUACAUCCGCUUAAUUGUGGAUAUCAUAAGUGCCAUUCAAAGCUGGUGAGUAUCUUUUUUGGGAGACUUUAAGGGCCCCCCGAGGCUGGCCCGGACCGUCCGCGGUCCGACUCGAGCAGAGUGCCACAAACACCUGAGCCAACACGCGGGUUAUUUAAGCAAUAUUUAUUAUCAUCCUUAAUCUUAACCUCUGGUGUGUCGGACAAACUAAUAACCAGCAGCCUUCCGAGCAAGUUUGGGUGCUUCGUGCAUUUGUAACAUAGUCACUUCCAUCCUUUCUACACCUUGAAAGUAAUGUACAAAUGCGCGUCCUUUUAUUCUUUUUAUAGACUUACAACUACUUAUUUGCACCGCGUAAGCACUUUUGUACAUUUUUUUUCCUUGUAUUUGUAAUUUAAAACCAGAACAUGAGGGACGACGCACGCUUCUGUCGACAUCUUUG